GAACCAUUUGAGCACCAUGAGUUGGAGCUUCCUGACCCGUCUGCUCGAGGAGAUCCACAACCACUCGACCUUCGUGGGCAAGAUCUGGCUGACGGCGCUGAUCGUGUUCCGCAUCGUGCUGACGGCGGUGGGCGGGGAGUCCAUUUACUACGACGAGCAGAGCAAGUUCGUGUGCAACACGGAGCAGCCGGGCUGCGAGAACGUCUGCUACGACGCCUUUGCUCCUCUGUCCCACGUCAGGUUCUGGGUCUUCCAGAUCAUCCUGGUCGCCACCCCCUCCGUCAUGUACCUGGGCUACGCCAUUCACAAGAUCGCGCGGAUGGUGGAGCACGGCGAGGCCGACAGGAGGCUCCGCGGCAAGAGCUUCCCCACGCGCUGGAAGCAGCACCGGGGCUUGGAGGAGGCCGAGGAGGACCACGAGGAGGACCCCAUGAUGUACCCCGAGAUGGAGCUGGAGAGCGAACGGGAGAACAAGGAGCAGCCGCAGCCCCCCGCCAAGGCUAAGCACGACGGCCGGCGGCGGAUCCGGGAGGACGGGCUGAUGAAGAUCUACGUCCUGCAGCUGCUGGCCAGGACCGCCUUCGAGGUCGGCUUCCUGGUGGGGCAGUACUUCCUGUACGGCUUCGAGGUCAGCUCCAUCUUCGUCUGCAGCAGGACCCCCUGCCCGCACAAGAUCGACUGCUUCAUCUCCAGGCCCACCGAGAAGACCAUCUUCCUGCUGAUCAUGUACGGGGUCAGCUGCAUGUGCUUGCUGCUCAACGUCUGGGAGAUGCUGCACUUGGGCUUCGGCACCAUCCGGGACACCCUGCACAACAAGAGGAGGGAGCUGGAGGACUCCGGCCCCUACAGCUACCCCUUCACCUGGAACACGCCGUCGGCGCCCCCCGGCUACAACAUCGCGGUGAAGCCGGAGCAGCUGCAGUACACGGAGCUGUCCAACGCCAAGAUGGCUUACAAGCAGAACAAGGCCAACAUCGCCCAGGAGCAGCAGUACGGCAGCAACGAGGAGAACAUCCCUGCCGACCUGGAGAACCUGCAGAGGGAAAUCAAAGUGGCUCAGGAGCGCCUGGACCUGGCCAUCCAGGCUUACAACAACCAAAACAACCCCAGCGGUGCCCGGGAGAAGAAAGCCAAAGCAGGCUCCAACAAGAGCAGCGCCAGCAGCAAGUCAGGGGACGGGAAGAGCUCCGUCUGGAUCUGACGGGGUUUGGGCAGCGCUGUUUUCUCUCCUAGUUUAUCAUAACCAGCACCCCCUCGAAUAAUGGCUUCCAUUCAGUGAGCUUUGGACUCUGCUGAUCUUCAGGGAUACCGUUGGCUCGUGAUUCAGCCCCCUCCGGAGGGCUCUGGACUCAGACCCCAGGGCUUAGAGGACUUCCUUCUUCUGUCUUCCCAGUCAGGAGACCCCUGGGGUCUGUUUAAAUCGUUCUCAUGGAAGGGUUUAUGCUGUAUGUACAGUCCUCUGGUACACUUCUUAUGCACAAUCUUUUGUACCUGUACACUGGAUCUCUGCCCUCCCUCCUGUUUUCUACGUGCCCAAGGAGAAGGCAGUGGGGGAGCCCUGAGUGCUUCGCCAGGUCGCUGGCUGCGGUUUCGUCGUCGUUCUUCCUCCUCCUCCUCCUCCUCCUCCUCCUCACCGUCAAAACUCUCAAUGCUGCGUUCCCAAAGUGCCUUCAACGUGCAGACAGCACAGAGGAGCCUCUGCUUCUCCAGGCAGCAGAGCAGGGACAGGCUUGGGGAACAUCUGUCAGUGGUGCUCUUGACUCUGUCCUUUCCGAGGGUGACUGAGGGCUGCUCCUCAGCUGGAGCUACCGUGGGCUGCAGGGCUUCUUCCCCCUCCCCGUGGAAAAUUACUCAGAGGAAUGGCCCUGUGUGUGAGUUCUUGUGUUGGGAGCCAGAGUGCCAGCCCUAACAGGGGGGAGGGCUCAGACCUCCCUCCAGGCUUUA